UCACUUCCCACAUGGUGUGACGUAAAGCGCGGAAACACCGCCCUGGAACAACUAGUUUGAACAAGCUUUAUUGAUCGCGCUGUGGAGACAGAAGCGGUUCCUGUGUAUCGCACCGUUCGCUAUGUUUUAUCACAUUUCACUGGAACAUGAAAUUCUUCUACAUCCAAGAUACUUUGGGCCAAACCUUCUCAACACUGUAAAACAAAAGCUUUUCACCGAGGUGGAAGGGACUUGUACUGGCAAGUAUGGUUUUGUGAUCGCGGUCACCACCAUUGACAAUAUUGGUGCUGGGGUUAUCCAGCCUGGCAGAGGCUUUGUGCUGUAUCCUGUCAAAUAUAAGGCUAUUGUUUUCCGCCCCUUUAAGGGAGAAGUAGUCGAUGCUGUAGUUACCCAAGUCAAUAAGGUUGGAUUGUUCACAGAGAUUGGACCUAUGGCGUGUUUUAUCUCUAGACAUUCCAUCCCAUCUGAAAUGGAGUUUGAUCCGAAUUCUAACCCACCAUGUUAUAAGACUGUAGAUGAGGAUGUGGUUAUUCAGCAGGAUGAUGAGAUUCGCCUUAAAAUUGUUGGAACCAGAGUGGAUAAGAACGACAUAUUCGCUAUUGGCUCUCUGAUGGAUGAUUAUCUGGGUCUGGUCAGCUGAGGUGCUCUCGGACUUUUGCACUUGGAAGAAGUUAUUUUACGUUCUGUAUAAUGUGUUUCAGCUGUUUCUUUCAUUUGUAGUGGUAAUUCAGCUGGAAUUAAUGCUGUAUCGGUUUUGAUAUUGAAUAUGUGAGCUCUGUUUCUGACAGAAUGUUAUUUUAUUAAAGAAAUUGGAUGACAGUG